AUGAUUCACUUCAAGGAUGCGGUCGGCAUGCUGUGGUAUGCGCUGCUCCUGGCACAAGAGUCGCACGAGGAGCAGCAACACCAGCCGAUCUGGAACAGCGUGGCGUGCACCAAGGAAGAUGUGGCGGUGAAGAAGGAUACCGCGGCAGGUGGAGAGGGCUAUCGCCAGAGUAGUGGCGAUGCCGGCGGUGACAGUGGCAGCGACCCCAAAGGCGGCACCGGCGCCUCCAUCCCAGCCAUUUCCCUUUCGACCUCGACCACUGUCUCACUGUCGACCGCGGUGCAGCGGAGCGACUGCGAGUUUGACAGCUGGGGAGACGUGGACUGGACGCUGCUUGCUGCCCACGUCUACGCUCUGACGGGAGAGCUGCACAGCGCCCGCGCACUCCACCGCGUCGUUGCGGAGGACAUGUAUAAGGGGACAUACAACGGCAAUCGAGAGGCAAUGUGCGCGGCGUGCGCGUUGCAGCAUGCCGAGAUGCUUGCCUUUUACGCCAAGGAGGUGCAGGAAGAGGAGGAGCGUGCUGCGACGGUACGGCUUCAGACGCCGUUGACCGUCAGUGCCGGCAUGGCUGCCGGCGGCAGCAGGCUGGCAGGCGCGGCCGGCGUGCUGCAAAGCGACUCGUCUCUGGUGGCCUCAUCAUCUACGGCGGGGGCUCACGGAGCACGCCUUCCCGUUACGGCUGGCAUACGAGGCCCACCAUCCUCUUUGCAGAGCUCUAGCAGCGGUGGUGGCAGUGCCGCGCCCUCAUUGCCGUCUACACGUUCCGACGCCAGAGCGUCUUCGCUGACCCCGACGCAGUGGGGCAGCGCUUCGACGAUGCCGCGGACAGCCGCCGUAUCCCACCCUGCCAGUCCUUGUACGAGCGGGGCUACGCAGACGACGACAGGCGAGACCAUCGCGGAUGUGCGCGUGGCCGGCUUGCACGCGUCUGCGGGAGCAAGCACUGCUACACGCGCCCCAGGCUCUUUGCCACCCCCUUCCCAACGCGACAGGGAUGUCGUUGGGUUGUAUGCAGCCGGCGGGACAGGCAGGGCGGUUUCAGCGGACCACGGGGAGCUGUCAGCGCUACCGCCGCACGCACGGCCGGGAAGUGUUGCUGGCGUCCCGCAGCACUGCGGCCUCGCCGUGGCCGAUCAGAGUGCAGCCAUCUUUGGCGAGUCGCUGGACGCGGGCGUAGCGCACAUGGGCGACCACACCGUACUGCCUUUCACGGUGCAGCCGCCGUCGUCGUUCGAGCCGGAUCCUCUCGACGCGCCAUGGUAUGCUCUCUGGUGCUCCUUGCCAUCUCCGCAGGCCCGCGCUCAGCUGCAACUGCUGCGCUACGCCACCCCGCUCCCUCUUGAGGACUUCUCCUCGCUACUGGAGCAGUUUUUCCUGGUGGACGGAGCUGAUGACUUUCUCUCUCCAGUGCAUGCAGCCACCAUCAUGGAGUUCGCCGGCGUGCGCUCUGGCCCCUACAACACUAUCGUGCGUUAUCCUCUAAGCCUCGCUGAGGUGCGUCGCUACAUCUCUGAGAGUCACCGCCAAUACGCGCGUGCAGUCAUGACAGUGCAUGCGAACCACGCAGGGGGUGCUGCCAGCGUCGAGGCAAGGUCUCGCCCUCCCUUUGGCCAACCUUCGCCGAACCAUGCAUCAGGACUGGCCACGUCCUCCACACUGGAGACAUCGCACGCUGCCGCGGGCGGCAGGGGUCUUUCGGCUCCGUCAGUGCCCACCGCUACGAAGGCUGAGUACCGCGGUUUGCGGCGCGGAGGUGCUCCUUCCGCAGGCACACCCGGCAGCGACGUCUGCGCCCUCCUGGACAGCUCCGCGAGCAGUGAGAGGCGGAUUCUGACACUGGCAGAGUUGGAGCGCAGUGUUUGGCACGUGGCAGCCAACUGCGCUGUCUUCAACGCACCAGAGUCCCGCUACCCCCGCACCGCACGGCACUUUGCGGCGGCGUGCAUCACCGUCAUGACGCGGUACUGCGAGAAGCAACUGGCUUCCUUCUUCGCCGCUUGA